AACAGUGCAGUAAUGUUACAUAUUUAUGCAAAAUUUGAUUUUGUUCCGUUUGUUUAAAAUGUCUGAGCUGCGUUCAGUCUGUAGAACUUGUGGUAAAAAUGUUGAGAGUUCGGAGGCCACCAAACUCUUCCUAAAAUCCAACUAUCAUUUAAUUAGUUUAGUGGAAAACAUUACUGACAUGUUUUUAGAGCUCGAUAGUUACAUGCCGGAUCUCAUUUGUAAUUCGUGCAAAAUUCAGCUGGACAGGAUUUCCACAUUUCGCAGCAAGUGCUUGGAGGUCCAUCAAUCCUUUUUGGCCAUCAAAAAGAAGUUUUUACAACGAAAAGCAGUAACUGUUGAGGAAUUGCAAGAUGGAACUCUGCUGCAGAAGUUUAAGGAAGAAGAAAACUAUCUAGAGUAUCUGGAAAACUAUGUAGAAGAGGAGGAUCUCCUGGAGGAUCAGGAAGAUGCAAUGCAGGAAGAGGAAGAUCAGGCGGCAUAUAUACAAAAGGAAGCGGAGCAACAAAAGGAGGAGUAUCUGAAAGAACAGUUUCAAGAGGAGGAGGACUUGGUGGAGUUCAACCAGAUUCCCAGGAUCCGCAAGAGAACUACAUCCAACAGGUCGAGGCGGGAGAGACGCAAUGCCAAGACGUGGAUCUGUGACCAGUGCGGAGGAGUGUUCAAGUGCUCCACCUACCUGAAGCUGCACAUGCAGCGCCACACUGGCCACAAGCCCUUUGAAUGCGACAUCUGUCAGGCGAAGUACUACACGGAGAACGAGAUGCGCCGCCACAGGAUCCUGCACUCGGAUGCCAGGCCGUACGCCUGUCGCUUCUGCGGCAAAACCUUCCGGGGAUGCAGCAGCAAGGUCGUCCACGAGCGGACUCACACGAACGAGCGGCCCUUCCAGUGCCAGUAUUGCGACAAAGCUUUUACUUCGACUUCCACGCGCCAAAGGCACGAGAUGCUGCACACCAACCAGCGGAAAUACCACUGCGAGACCUGUGACCAAUGGUUCCUGCGCUUUGCCCACUUGACCUUACACCAAAAAACAAUACUGCAUCAGCGGAGAGUUGAAAGUGCCCCAAAAUAAGAUAUACAUAACUUUAAGGAACUUCGACUUAUUAAAAAAUACAUUUAAGCAUAAUUUCAAUUUGCAUUGACUGUCUAAAAUAAGAAAAUGCAUUGAGUUGCAUUGCUUUGGUAAAAAGAGAAUAAACUUAAUUUAACGGUGUAACGACUGACU